AUGGAUAAUUUUUGUAAUUAUAUUGUUAAUAAAUCUGAUAAUAGUAUUGAUAUAUGUAUUAGUUAUCAAUGUAAUAAGUAUGUUGAUCCAUAUUCAAUUAUGGUUACACCAAAUAAUUGUAAAACAAAUAUACUUUAUUUAUCAUUUUCAUCAUAUAAAAACUACCACUUAUUUCUUGAUCGAAUUCAAUGGAAAUUAGGUGAUUUAUUUUCAUCAAAAUCAAGUAUAGGAAAUCGUGUAUUGAGAAUAUUUAUUAAUUAUAUUGAUAAUGAUGAUAAACCAGUUCAUCAUAAUGAAUUAAUUCGUUUAGGAAAUCAUAUUGAUUUAUAUGAAUUAUUUAUUAAAAAUCUUCCUAAUAAUUAUCAUCUUUAUCAAUCAAUACAUUAUGAUAGAAAUUAUCCUCAAUGGCAUAUCAUCAAAGUUGAAUUGUAA